CUCUAAAUGCUUUAAUCAGAUCAUCUCUGCUUCAAGAGCAUAAAUAGAACUGUCCUGGUAAAGAUAAACAGCACACCUUCCUACAAAGAGUGUAUAGUCAAAGAUCCGUAAGAAUUUUCUGGUUUUGUUCAUUCCCUGACUCUAGUUGCCCAAGAUGAAGGCACUGAUGCUCUCUCUGGUUUUACUGGGAGCUCUGGGGGUCUUUCACUGCGCCCCUGAUCCUGCCCUGCCCAGAGUAACAGCUGACACCCUCAAACGUCUUUCUCUGGAGGGACAGAAGUUGGUGGAUGAGGAGGUUACUAAAGCUCUGUAUGGAAUCAAAGAAAUAAAGGAGGUGAUGGCCAGGAAUGAGGAGAAACACACAAACCUCAUGAAGUCUCUCAAGCACAGCGGAGAGAAGAAGAAGGAGGCAGCAGAGAUCGCUGAGGAGGUCAAAAAGAAGCUGAAUGAAGCAGAGCAGCAGUGUAGGGUGUCUUUUAAUUCCUCCUGGGAGGAAUGUCGACCUUGCCUUGAAGACACCUGUAAGAACUUCUUCACCAACACCUGUCGCAGCGGGUUCUCCACCUUCACCAAUAAAGUACAAUAUCCUCUCUUUCUCCAGAACUUCUUUCAAAGACUGAGUUCUCGCUUUGGCCCUCGUGACGCUCAGGACGAAAUAGUGUUGAACCAGAGCGCAGAGAACCCUGACCUGGAGGUGGUGAGGAUCGAGGACUCCUUCAACAACCUGCUCACCAAAGUGGGUACCCUGGUCAGUCACAGUGUGGUGUUGGUGUCUCACUUCCACCACGAGUUGGACCAGGCUCUACGCACAGCCUUCAGCCCUGAGGUGGACCGUGAAACCGAGCUGAUGCUCAAGCCCUCCAAUGAAGAGCUGGAUUCGGACUUUCUGCAGGGUGUGGGUCUGGAUGAUGUUUUGGAGUCUUUCUUUGACUUCGGCAGAAGCGUGAUGGAGGAGUUCGGCGCAGUGAUCACACAGGUCUUCGGUGACCUACAUGAUUCUGCGGAGGAAAAGAACGCAAAUGAAGAGAAGAAACUCUUCCCCAGAUUUGUGCAAAACAAGAGACUGUGCCAAGAUCUGCGCAGACAGUCGUCAGAAUGCUGGAAGCUGCAGGGAAAGUGCGAGUCCUGUCAGGGAGCCGUGUUCACCGAAUGCCCAAGCAUGAGGGAGCUGCACGUGGAGCUGGAUGAAGCCUCUCAGCUGCUGGAGGUGUCCAGGCAGCAGUACGAGGAGGUGCUGAGCAUCGUGCAACGUCACACCGAGGACACCAUCAACUGGAUCAGCAACAUGGCUUCUGACUUCGGUUGGGUGGCCGAGCUUGCCGACAACACCACCAGCCCUAAGAGCAUCUUUAACAUUGCCACAGUGGUGGCAAAGACUGAAGAGGGCGACAACAGACCCUACUAUGGUAUAUCUUCAUUUGUGUUCAAAAGAACAAACGCAUUUAUACAGGUUUUGAACAACUUGAGGGCACGGUGAUGUGUAAACCAAAUAGAGGAAACCUGUUUUCAUCAGGCACACUGUUAACACCCUAUAUCCUGUUAAGUUAGUUUGAUGUUAUUUUAUGAAAUGCAUUCAGUCAAGAAGUCACUUUCCAUUUUCAAGCAUCGUUCUUUAUUUAGGGUUAUCUUGUGACAAGUCCGAGUAACUGAAAUGUAAUAAUGUCUUGUUAUAAUAGCAACACAGGCUCAUUGCAAAUAUGUACCUCUGCCUACAUAGUAUAUUAAGUUAACCCUGUCAGAUAUAAUGUACAGCAUUACAGUUUAUGAAUUUCAAUGUUCAACUACACAACUACACCUAAUAGAUACUUACAAAUAAAUCUUAUAAAGAUU